AUGCUACCCCUUCCCGUCCGACAGCAUGCGGGCGCAAAAUAUCGGAACCACCGCAGGAUACAUGCGAUAGCUCUCGCCGGAACCCCUGUGCUAUCAGACGUCGCGUCUCCGUUUCACUCUCCUGUUCGUUCGCGAUGGGUAGGCCGCGCCUCCAUUGGUCGCAGUCGUCACCAAAGCCGGUCUCUCACUGUGUCCAGACCAUGGUUAGAAGCACAUAAGCCAGCGCCGAAGACGCGAGCAACGCACGAUGCCGUGGUUCUCUCGUCCAGUGCACUUCUGAGAGCUGCAAAAUAUCGAACAUUAGCGACUCUACUACAAAAACGCGGCAGGACACUGGUUCCGCAGGGCGCGUCUAUAUCGGAUGUCUCCUUCGAAGAUGUAUUGAAUGUCGUGGAGGCUGAAGAGAGCAUUGGCUCGAAUCAUUCUAAAGUAGCAAAGCGGCUCCGUGAAGUCUUCCCAGGACGAUCACUUGAAGAAGUCAUGGGCGAGUUAGAACUUCUAGAGGACGGACAACUGCGAAAAUCGUCGGCUGGGCAGAAGCUUGCGUUUGAUGAACGAACAAAGAACACACUGAUAAACUUGGGCCUGGUGGAUGAGGGUAGGAACGACCGAACUCAGCAACCCGCCGACCAUGAUUCUACAGCCGUACCCGCCCCUAGCAAGAAACCCCUCUCCGUCAGGGCGCCUACGGCACAGCCAACAAUACGACGAUUAGCGGGAGCUGGGAGAGUUCGACCGUUUCUCUCCAGCAGGACCUCCUCAAAAGUAUCGGACUCGAAAUCUGAGCCACGCCAGGAGACUGAAUUGUUCGAGAAUCAACAAGAGAUCGAUCUCGAAGGGUUCGAUUUCAAGCCUCUGGAUGUGGAAAGAUCACAGGUACCACAGUUAAGCCACGACCUGUCUCGGGUGUUGUUCAAUCCCGGAGUUUAUCAACUGCAAGAUCCUAGAUCAAGAGUCUGGAAUUUUGAUCCUUACCUGGGGAAGUUAAUGCCGGUGUCCGAGUUUAAUUAUGACGCUUUGAACCAGUACAUCACCUCCUCUCAGGAUCAAACUCUCCGCGACGUGGCUCUGCAGCACGACAAGCGCUACAUCGGCUCUACAUCGAGCAUGUCUGGCGUUUUGGCUCACUUCCACUUUCUUCUCUCGAGGUGGCGCGAAUUGACGCUGGACCAUCUUUCCCGCGGGUUUCGAGAUGAUGGAUAUCAGUUCACCAAAAUACAGCGCGGGCCCUCGGCUAUUUUCCUCAAAUACAAAGACGGAGUAUAUGCAGUCGACGCAGAUAAAGAAUACGAUUCUGCAAAUAUUCUCAUGAGCUUGGGCCGGUCGAUGGAAAAGCUUUUGACCAACGACAAGGACGUGUUCGAGACAUACAGAAAGACGCGUGGCGAGGACGAGGCUAACCAGGCUCAGCCUUCAGAACCUGAAGCCUAUCACUACAGCGAAUUAGGCUCCUUCCUGAUCAGGUCGCAACUUGACGCGUACGACCCAAGGCUGCCGGGUACGGGCAUGUUUGAUCUGAAGACGCGCGCAGUAGCCGCCGUCCGAAUGAUGGUACGAAAGCACGAACAGGGCGUUGGUUAUCAGAUCAAACAAAGAUUCGGAACAUGGGAGUCCUAUGAACGAGAGUACUAUGACAUGAUGCGGUCUGCGUUUCUCAAAUACUCCCUUCAGGUGCGCAUGGGAAGGAUGGACGGCAUUUUCGUCGCUUAUCACAAUACGGAACGUCUCUUCGGGUUCCAAUAUAUUCCGCUCUCAGAAAUGGACCUUGCUUUGCAUGGGCAGACUGAUGCGACGCUAGGUGACCGCGAGUUCCGCCACAGUAUUAAGCUACUCACCGAGAUUUUCAAUGCAGCAACCGAGCGCUUCCCGGAGCAAUCGUUACGAUUUCACUUUGAAACACGGGAGGCCACCCAGGCGCACGCUCCUUACAUGUAUAUCUUUGCUGAGCCUGUGACUGAUGAGGAGAUUGUCGACAUCCAAAACUCGAAUCGCGAAGAAAUCGAAGCCUUUGAACAACGCAUAUUCAACCCGGAGAAGUUCCAGAAGGAGCGUAACACAAAAGAGGAGGAUUUGGAGGCCGAGGACAAUGACUUGGAGACCGCUGUGGACAACACUUCACAAGCAACUUCUGCUGAAGCAGUAACGCCUGGAACACCAAAUCGUCAGUCGAAUGCAGCUGAUGUCGACUUCCUGGAGAGUCUGAUGGGCGUGGAUCUACCUGCCGUGAAAACGCCAGUGCCAGAGAAGCCAGCUCCGUCAUCAAAGGUAGAUGUAACCGCCGACAAACCUUUACUAGGGUGGAAACUCAACAUUACAAACUUGGUGAACAAACUCCCGGUUGACCGUCCACAGGACUUGAAGCCGAGCGACAGCUGGAGUGUUCGAUAUAGCUUGACCCCUAUGAAGGAUGCAUCCAGCCGCCGAAACUACGUCCUGUGCAAGAACCGGCGGAAGUCGGUGUUGCAGGCUCCCCAAGACGAAGACACCUCUGUCCAGUAUUACAUCCAGCGAUUGGUGUCGAUGAGCAAGGAGGGGGCUAAGUGGCGUCGAAAACUGGAUGAGUUUGACGCUCAACGGGAAAAGAUUGUGCUCUACGGCGAUCGAAUCUCUGGUGAGAAGCCAGAGUGA